AUGAAAAUGAAGACCAUUUGUGUGUUUUAUCUCUUUAUUUGUGACUUAAUUGUAUCCAAUGGUCAAGACUUUUGUUCCGAUUCACACGAUAUACAGAAGAUCUUCUUCAUGUCUGACACCAAUUACAUCAAAAAGGAUUCGUUAUAUUACAAGCAAUCGGUGGACAAGAAGUUCGCGGGAACUAAAGGCGUCGACCAGAGCGUCCAUUUCCAGCCAAAGUUUCAGAGAAUAGAGACGGGAUUUUUGGUGACCAAAGUGUCGGACAAUUGCAAGGCAUCCGUGGAUUGCGUCAAACUCUUGGACACCGGUUUUGUGAUCGGCGACAUCGCGUCCACUCCUCUUCAGUCAUAUGUGGCCUAUAGGUUGGGCCCCGACUUUGGACUCGUUCCCGCCCCUAACAAGUGGCCGAUGCCUUACAACAUGUCACUGGAGGGACCCAUUCAAGUGGUGCCCAAUGUGUGGCCAAUGACUACAACAAAAGAUAACCGAUACUUGGCGUCGGCUUUUGAUGAACAAAAUCAAGUAAUCAUUUUCUUGGUGUACAAACAGCCCGAACAGCGUCUAUACUUCGUUUCAAUUGAUCCAUCGAUGAAAGCGUUGCCCGAAAUAGCACUCGAAGGCCCUCCUUAUGCGGGAUUCUUCCGUUUCAAUAGCCAUGUGUACGCUCUUCUCGUGUCAUCUCAUCCCAAGAAACACCAGAUAUUGAGUUUCAACGCAACGUUGAAUAAAUUCACUGAAGAGAAAAAUGUUAAGUUUGACGAAGACAUUCUCGGCUGUGCGACCACUCCAUCCGAGUCCACGCGAGCGAUAAGUGAUCCAUGGCUUUGCAUAUUAGCGGCCAUUUGGCUGUUAUUGCGCUCUUCGGUCGACUCUUAA